CACUGGGGAGAGGCCAGGGGCGGGGAGGGCUGUGGGCCCCGGGAGCCUGGAGUCCCGGGUUCCGGGGUCGGCCGGAUGUGGGCAGCCCUGGCCGGGCUGUAGAGCCGACUCACGCAGGAACCCAGAGCUCCCCCGGUAACUGCAUGAUGCUCCGGGGCUUUCCACACGGUAGCGAACACGCCCUCGCAGGUGAGCUGCUCUCUGCCCCCAUAUCUGUUCAGUCUCCUCUUCCUCCCUGCAGCCAUGUGGACCCCCAGCCAUCGUUUCCUCUGCCUGGCCUUCCUGCUGGCCUGCAUCCUCUCAGCCGUCUUCUUACUGCACAUCCAUCAAGACCUCUUCUCCAGUGAGCUGGGCCUGUCCAUCCUGUGUCCCUCCUCUGAGACACCCCCCAUAGCCAUCUUCUGCUUGAAGGGCUCCCCAGCCUUGGGCAACGUGUCCCUCCCCUUUCCCCAGCCCGAUACGACUCGCUCCCUUUCGGGAACCUGGACCAUCCAACCCCAAGGUCGCUUUGGGAACCAGAUGGGGCAGUACGCCACGCUGCUGGCCCUGGCCCAGCUCAACGGCCGCCAGGCCUUCAUCCUGCCCGCCAUGCAUGCUGCCCUGGCCCCCGUGUUCCGCAUCACGCUGCCCGUGUUGGCCCCCGAGGUGGACAGCAGCACGCAGUGGCGGGAGCUGCCCCUGCAUGACUGGAUGUCUGAGGAGUACGCACACCUGCAGGAGCCGUCGCUCAAGCUCACGGGCUACCCCUGCUCCUGGACCUUCUUCCACCACCUCCGGGAUCACAUCCGCAGCGAGUUCACGCUGCACAGCCACCUCCAGCAGGAGGCCCAGGCUCUGCUGGCCCAGCUCCGCCUGGACCACACCGGACAGCGGCCUAGUACCUUCGUGGGGGUCCACGUCCGACGGGGGGACUACCUGGAGGUGAUGCCCCAGCGCUGGAAGGGGGUGGUGGGUGAUGGUGCCUACCUCCGCCAGGCCAUGGACUGGUUCCGGGCCCGGCACGACGCCCCUGUCUUCGUGGUCACCAGCAAUGGAAUGGAGUGGUGUCAGCAGAACAUGGACACCUCCCGGGGGGAUGUGGUCUUUGCCGGCAACGGGCGGGAAGGGACCCCGGGCAGGGACUUCGCGCUGCUGACACAGUGCAACCACACCAUCAUGACCAUCGGCACCUUCGGCUUCUGGGCUGCCUACCUGGCCGGGGGUGACACUGUCUACUUGGCCAACUACACCCUGCCCAACUCCCCCUUCCUCAAGAUCUUCAAACCCCAGGCCGCCUUCCUGCCCGAGUGGGUGGGCAUUAACGCAGACUUGUCCACCCUCCAAUAGGCUGCUUUCUGGAACCAGAAACUGCUUCUGGAGCAAUUCUAGAGAUUUGAGCAAGGGGGCGUUUGCUCCAGAGGGUGUCAGCUUUUUUUUUUUUUUUUUUUUUUUUUUUUACUUGAGA